UCUGAGUGGUGUGUCGGAGACUGUCUGCUCCAGUGUCUCCUCUGGUCCGGCUAGCAUUAGCUGUCUGACCUGCUUGGCUCCGAAGCAAAUUUUAGCGAUUGCAUAUGUUUUAGUUUGAGGCUGGACAGCAUUAACACUAAAACCCGGAUGGUAACCACAAAGACAUAACUGAAACGGGUGACCGUCAAUGCAAAGAAAAAGGAUCCAUGGCAAAGUGGCUGAAGGACUACCUGAACUUUGGCAGCAGGCGUGAUCCUCCACAACCCCCGAGGCCAGAUUACAGCGAGAGCGAGAUUUUGAGGGCCUACAGAGCUCAGAAGGAGCUAGAUUUUGAGGACCCGUACCAGCACACUGAUAAGGAGCAUCAGAAUGGUGGUUUCGGCUCCUGUAAUGCCACUGUGAGCCUUCCCUCUUUCCCUGCAUUUGGUUCAGCGCUGCCUAAUGGUGUAGAGGUAAAACUUGUGUCUCCAAAACACAGACUGAUUAAAGUGGACUCUCAGGAGUUUGGUCGCUGUAAAGUCCCUCUGAGCCCUGUGACUGUUCAGGAGGAGCCUGUGAUUCCCUCUGCCCCAGCAGCGUCAGAGGCCGACGCAGAUUACUCGGAUCCUUUUGACGCACAUCCACACCCAAGAGCCAGAACAAACUGGGAGCCCAAAUCUGCACCAGCAGACUGCUGCAGUUACAUGGAGCCAUUUGAGGCCCAGCGAAUCAUUUCAGAACUACAGCACAACAUGAUGGCCAACCGGUCUGGGAGUGGAGAUGGCAGUCAGCUAUAUGACAACCCAUAUGAGGAGAGGACUCGGUACCACCAUCGAGCUGGUCCGCCUCAGAAGGUUGAGGGUGGGGUGAUAGACAGCAAGGAGAGCAGGCUGCCUCAGGAUGACGAGAGGCCGGCUGAUGAAUACGACCAGCCGUGGGAGUGGAAGAAGGACAACAUCUCUAAAGCCCUAGCAGUUCAGUUUGAAGGGACUGAAAGAGAGCGAUCACGAGGUUACACAGAACAGUCCAGGCUUACCAUGACAGGCGCCGCAUCAGAGGCAACUACACUCCGUCUUGUAGGUGACACUCCUUCGCUCUUGGGAGAGAGGGUGGAUCCAUCUCUGCCGCUGGAGAAGCAAGUGUGGUACCAUGGAGCCCUGAGCCGCGCAGAAGCAGAAAGUCUGCUGACUCUGUGCAAAGAGAGCUCCUACCUGGUGAGAAAUAGCCAGACGUGCCGAAACGACUACUCUCUCUCCCUCAGGAGCUGCAAAGGCUUCAUGCAUAUGAAGUUCACCCAGUCCCCAGACGGACGCUACGUCCUCGGAGAGAACAGCCCUCCGUUCUCGACCAUCCCCGAGGUCAUCACCUACUACACGACACACAAGCUGCCAAUCAGAGGAGCCGAGCACAUGUCCUUGCUGUAUCCUGUCCCAGUGCAGACCCUCUGACGGUGACAUACACAUCCUGAUUUUCAUGGUGCUACUGAAUAUAUUCUUAUAUACAUAUAUAUUCUUAGUAUUUACCUAUUUCUACCUGUGUCCUACAUGCUAUGACACUGCCAUUCUACCUGCACAGCUUGCAAGAGAUUGGACCAUCUGGUGCCAUCUUUUCUGUUUUUACUUUAAUCCCUGUAUCUACACUGGCCGCUUACAAGAGAGCUCAGUGCUUAAGGAAUCUGUGAAACAGUACAUCACUGAAAUCCCUCUAUUUAUCUGUCAUGGACUCUUGAAAGUCAGCAAUUGUUGAUAAUAGGAUUGUUAGCUGAGUACUUUCACCUCACAGAGGAAAAAGACAAAAUCUAGUCUUGAGACGGUAGAAUUUAUGUAAUCUUGCAUGGAGUUUUGUCUUUAUUGCCGUCAAAUGUGAAGCAGACUUAAAGAAUAUUAUUGGUGGGGUCAGGGUGGCCUUAGCUUGUGCCAAUAAUCCAGUUUUUUGUUUGUUUGUUUUUUCUUGUCACAUGAAUUUCAUGUUUUAAACUGACAAAAAGAGGUCAAAGUGAUUGGAGCUCUGGUGUGAGGAUUGAGAACUAAGUUUAAAAGGUUGGAAAUGCAGUUGAAAUCAUGCUGUGACUACAAGCAGUAUUGUUGUUAUAUUUUUUUUAGGUUUUAGUUACAAUUGUGAACCAAACACUACAUAUUUAAGCCGGACCAUCUCUGCGCCUUGGGUUUUCUCUCUGCGCGUUUCAGAGGCCCGCCAAUGUUACUUGAUGCUGUAGCCGUUUUGCCCUGCAGUGUUCUUGGCUCCUCUUGUUAAUGUGUGAACAACACAAAGUUGACUGCAUCACACAAUAACAGAUACCUGCAAUACUAGUUUAGAGAAUAUUAACUACAGUAUUAUACUGAAAGCUUGUGGCUUUGUGAACAUGAUUAUCAAAGAAGCUUUGGUAGUUUAAUUACUGUGCUAUUUUAUAAAAUUUUAAAACCCUGUAAAAAUAAAGGUUGUGGUGUUUUCA